AAUCAAUUCAAUUUGAGUGUUUAUCGUAUAAUGUUUAUCAUACAUAUGUACUUCAUAGGUUAUUUCAUUUACAGACUUAACUAAGUUAUUUAACAUAUUUUUUUUAUUUUAUUGUAUAGUGAAAUACCAAAAGGUACAACUUCAUUUGAAAUUUUUGCAGAUACUGAAAUGGCAGAUUCUACAGAUUCUUCAAAUAAUUUAAGGAGUGGAAUCAUUGAUUUUACAGCAGGGUCUUUAGGUGGUGUGGCAGUUGUUUAUGUUGGUCAACCAUUGGACACAGUUAAAGUGAAAAUGCAAACAUUUCCACAUUUAUAUAAAGGAAUGUAUGACUGUUUAAAACAAACAUUAAGAAAUGAUGGUGUAAUAAGAGGUUUAUAUGCUGGCACCACACCAGCUAUUAUGGCAAAUGUAGCAGAAAACUCUGUGCUUUUUGCAGCCUAUGGAUAUUGCCAAAAGUUUGUCUGUCGAAUUACAGGAGUAGAAAGUGUAGAGCAGCUCUCAGCGGUGGGUAAUGCAUCAGCAGGUUUCUUGGCUGCAUUCUUCUCCUCGUUCACACUAUGUCCAACGGAACUAAUAAAGUGUCAACUACAAGCCAUGCGUGAAGUCAACAUUCAGGGUUCACAAACUGCUGUUAAAGUGACGCCAUUACAAUUAACACAGCAAAUAUUCAAGCAAUAUGGCAUACAGGGUCUUUUUAGAGGCCUUGUUCCAACAAUUAUGAGGGAAAUGCCUGGAUAUUUCUUUUUCUUUGGUGGAUAUGAAGGAACGAGAGAAUUGUUGGCUAAACCUGGACAGUCAAAAGACGAUAUAGGUUUCUUGAGGACAAUGGCCGCGGGAGCAGUUGGUGGUCUUGUAUUGUGGACGGUUAUAUUUCCAACAGAUGUCAUUAAAUCUAGAGUACAAAUAUCUAAUAAAAGUCAAAAGUUCUUAACGGUUGGAUAUGAGAUCGUUAAAAAAGAGGGUGUUCUAGCAUUGUAUAAUGGACUAAAACCGACGCUAGUCCGUACCAUUCCGGCCACGGCUGCCUUAUUCGUUGUCUAUGAAUAUUCCAAGAAGUUUAUGCAUAAAUCCUUUGGAGAUUAGCCGCAGCGUUUUUUUUAUUAUGUUGACUGUUUCCAUUUUCUGCAUUUAAGUUGUUGUUUAUUUAUAAGGGGUAAUUAAAAAUAAAAAAAAU